AUGUCGACCAUUGACUUUACCUUCAAAGUACGAAGAUGCGAACCGGAAUUGAUUGCUCCAGCAAACCGUACCCUUUAUGAGUUUAAACAACUCUCUGAUAUGGAUGAUCAAGAAAGCUUCAGAUUUCAUAUUCCAAUUCUGAACUUCUAUGAACAUAAUCCAAGUUUAGAGGGGAGAGACCCCGUGAAGGUUAUAAAGGAAGCAAUUUCAAAGACGUUGGUGUUUUAUUAUCCUCUUGCAGGAAGAUUGAGAGAAGGGCCGGGAAGAAAGCUGUUUGUAGAAUGUACAGGAGAAGGAAUCUUGUUCAUAGAAGCAGAAGCAGAUGUAACCUUGGAACAAUUUGGUGAUGCUCUUCACUUUUCGUCUUCUUUUUCAUGGUUCGAAGAUGUUAUAUACAACGUUCUAAACUCUGACGGGAUUGUUAAUUCUCCAUUAUUGCUCAUUCAGGUGACACGACUUAAGUGUGGUGGUUUCAUUUUUGCUAUUCGUUUCAAUCAUACAAUGGUCGAUGGUUUUGGCCUUGUCCAAUUCAUGAAGGCUAUAGCGGAGAUAGCUCGUGGAGCUUUCGCUCCAUCUAUUUUUCCAGUAUGGCAAAGAGCUCUCUUAAAUGCAAGAGACCCUCCAAGAGUCACUUGUCGUCAUCAUGAAUACGACCAAGUUGUUGUCACCGAGGACACCCUCAUCCCAAUCGACAACAUGGCCCACCGCUUCAUUUUCUUUAGUCCCCUCCAAAUCUCCGCCCUUCGUCAUACUUUACCCAUCCACCUUCACCACUGUUCCUCGUUUGAGCUCAUCGCAGCCUAUGUUUGGCGCCUUCGUACCAUUGCCCUUCAACUUAGCCCAGAGGAGAAAGUGCGCUUUCUUUGCCCCAUGAACCUACGUUCUAGGAUCAACUCUUUACCGAUAGGAUAUUAUGGUAAUGCAUGUGUUUUCCCUGCAGAACUCACCACAGCUGCAAAGCUUUGUGGGAACCCACUAGGUUAUGCUAUAGAGUUGAUUAGGAAGGCUAAGGCUAAGAUGACGAAGGAGUACGUGAAGUCUGUUGUGGAUUUUAUGGUAAUUAAAGGACGACCCCAUUACACAGAACCUGGGUCAUUCAUUAUAUCAGACCUAAUGAGAAUUGGGUUUGAAGAGGUAGAUUUUGGAUGGGGAAAGCCUAUUUUUGGAGGACUUACAACAGGAGGGCUUGGAACAACCCCUGCAAUGAUAAGCUUUUGUAUACCUUUCAUGAAUAAAAAUGGAGAAAAGGGAAUUAUGGUACCUCUAUGCUUGCCUACUCAAGCCAUGGAAAGAUUUAUGGCGGAAUUUCAUGCCUUGUCGAGUGUGGAACAAUUGGUUGAUGAAGUUGAUAGCCAUUAGCAAAGGAUCAUUGCAUUUGCU